GUUGAGGAAGGCGUGGCCACCCGUUACAUUGAGUUGGUUGCGGAGCACGCACACGCGCGAAGGGUGCUGAGGUUUGAUCUCGCGGACUCCGCGCCAGUGACCGAAUGCUGCGUCACUCGGGUGACGUCAAGAGCAAGAAGCCAUAAUCCCGCCCUGCAGCUGCCGCCCGUAGCCCGAGGGGUGAUCACAACAACGACAACAUUGUGUCGCCGUCGUCGUUGCACGGGGCCCGGGGCUCCUCCUGUGUCCGGGCAUUUCGGCCGUCUCGCCGGCUCUGGUUGAGAAUAUCACUUCCUGUACCAAAGAAAUGGUGAUGGAGAAGCCAAGUCCCCUGCUUGUAGGGCGGGAGUUCGUCAGGCAGUACUAUACUCUGUUGAAUAAAGCUCCAGACUUUUUGCACAGGUUUUAUGGAAGAAAUUCUUCCUAUGUGCAUGGAGGAUUGGAUGUCAGUGGGAAGCCCCAAGAAGCUGUGUAUGGACAAGCGGAAAUUCACAAGAAGGUGAUGUCCCUUCAGUUUAGUGAAUGUCGCACAAAGAUUCGACACGUCGAUGCACAUGCUACACUAAGUGACGGAGUUGUUGUCCAGGUCAUGGGUGAACUUUCUAAUAAUGGCCAACCAAUGAGAAAAUUCAUGCAAACCUUUGUGCUUGCCCCAGAGGGAUCUGUCCCAAACAAUUUUUAUGUUCAUAAUGACAUCUUUCGUUAUGAGGAUGAGGUUUUGGAUUCGGAAGCAUAGCUGGAUGAAGAAUCUGAGGAAGAAGCAGAAGAAGAACCAGAAGAAAGACCUAUCCCUGAACCUGUACAAGAAAACUCCAACAGCUCAUAUAAUGAUCCUCAUCCAGUGUCUAAUGGAGUAGAGGAGUCUUUAGAAGAACCCAUUCAUGAACCAGAACCAGAGCCUGAACAAGAAGUUAAGAGUGAAGAUAAACCAGAGCCAGAAGAAAAGCAUAUAGAGGAACUUGAGGACAAGUCACCCACACCACCUCCUGCUGACCCUAUCCCUCUCCCCCAAGAACCACCAAAGGCUUUCUCUUGGGCAUCAGUGACAAGUAAAAACCUGCCUCCAAGUGGUACUGUACCAUCUUCAGGAAUUCCUCCCCAUGUUAUAAAAGCUCCUGCUUCACAGUCAAGAACUGAAAGUAAACCGGACAGUCAAGUUCAGCUUUCUCGUACUCGUGAGCAGCGCACGAGACGCCCUACUUUUCAGCCGAGGAGGGGACCACCAGCAGGAGAAACUGAUCAAGGGGAAACUGAUAACCGCCGCAUGUUCCGAUAUCCUGACAGCCACCAACUUUUUGUUGGUAACCUACCACAUGAUAUUGAUUAGAGUGAAUUAAAGGAAUUUUUCAUGAAUUAUGGAAAUGUAAUGGAACUGCGGAUUAACAAAGGUGUUGGUGGAAAGCUUCCCAACUUUGGAUUUGUUGUGUUUGACGAUUCUGAACCUGUUCAGAGGAUUUUGCUUGCAAAACCAAUUAUGUUCCGUGGUGAAGUCCGCCUUAAUGUGGAGGAGAAGAAAACCAGAGCAGCCCGUGAAAGGAAUCGUGGCGGUGAUGACCGCAGGGAUAUACGCCGUGGUGCUGGGGGACCCCGUGGUAUCAUUGGAGGUGGAAUGAUUCGGGAUAGGGAUGGAAGAGGCCCUCCUCCACGAGGCGGUAUGGCACAAAAGCUGAGCACAGGAAGAGGAUCCGCCUCUAUGGAAAAUCGCUUCACUAGUCAACGCCGCUGAAAAUAAGUCAUUAAUCAAAGUAAAGCCUACAGUGGUACAUUAUUCGUGGUGUUUGCAUUCUUGUUAAUUUUAGCUUUCGAAUGUGACACGGCUCCUUUUUUUUAUUUUUUUUUCUUCCCCAUAAUUUCUUUGUGAAGACAUCCUUUGUUUGCAGUUUCAAUUGAGGUGAUUUUUUCUUUUUUUUUUUUUUUUCUUUUGCUGGUUUUCAGCAGUAUUUAAGAUGUUAAUUUUACACCCCGAAUUAAAUUGGAAGGAUUGAGAUGGCCAUUAGUACUGCAAGUGAUUAUGUGGACAUUGGAGGCUCAUGUCUAGUAGAGUUCGGUAUUCAAGUAUUAUCGUUUCUUCACUGGAAACAAAAAUAGUGCAAUGUUGCCUCCUGUAUUUUUUAUUUUUUUUUUUAUUCUGAAAAUACCUUUUUGCAUAAAGAAACUAAUGGUUAAGCUCUUGUCAAAUGCACGAGCGAUAUCCUCUUAACACACAGUUGUAGGAACCCAGAUUUGGAAAUUGGUGUGUUGUACCACAAACUCCUUGGUGCAAAUCCUAUCAAUAAGUUGUUUCUCUGGAACUAAUUUAAAUCUGAACAUUUUUUCGAAUUGGUCUGAACAUAUUCCAGUUCUUUUGAAGGGGAUGAUCUGCAGUGAUCUGUUUCAUACAUGAAGAAUUUUUGCACUUGCAUAUCCAAGAUACCCACGUGACAGGCUGCUCGUCCAAUAUUCUCCUGCCAAACCUUUCCCUUUUUCCAGCUUUGUACAGAAAACAACAAAAUGACAAAUUGUACUCAACUGUAUUUAGUUUUCUGGUAAUGUAAUACGCAUGAUGGUGCCUUCUAUAAAUUCAUCAUUCCAGUCUUGCUGGUGAUUUUGUACAGUGAAUGAAUCCUGUGCUGCAAAGCCAAACUGCUUCUGUACAUUCAAGAACCAUUGAAAAGCCUGCCUAACCAAACUGCAGUAUCUGUACAUUAGUAGAUUUUAUUUUUAUUUAGUAUGAUUUUUGCUUUGGUCCACCUCUAACCACAGUUGGUAUCUGUUUACCAAUGUUGGGAGCUACAGUAUGUGGAAAGGGCUAAUGGUCAUGUCUUUGUAUGCUGAGCCCUAGCUGUAACUCUUGAAAGGGUAUAUAAAGUGAAUAAUCUAGGUGCCCUGCAAAUGUCAAGUUGCACAAUUGUUAACCUGUUCAUGUCCCUUAAACCUGGAAGAAGAGGAUGUUCUUCAGUGCUCCUAGAAGUGGCCAACAGCUGUAAGUGUAUGCACUUUACAAUCUCAUACAGGGUUAAUUCCUUGGCUAGUUUUUCCCUUUUUGGCACAAGUACUUGGAAAACUGCCCCAAGCCUAAGAAGUUUGUAUUUCCCUUUCACACCUGUAAAUUCAUGUGAUUUUCUCCAAAUGGAACUUUGGAAAUUACUAUCUUGAAUCCCCCACCUGCUUUUGAAGAGAACAUUCCAGUAAUCUACAAAUGUAGCAGAAGAUACUGACCGCCUUGUGUAGUGAUCAUUGAUGCUCUGCAGGAGAAAGUGUGGACACUUAAAGCUGCCUCUGAAGUGCAGGAACCUUGUUCCUUUUGAAGUCCAUAUGUUUAACAAUGCACAUGGCGAAACAUGCUGCUUUUGACUUAUGCAACUGUUUGCUGAGCCUCCUCUGAAACUAAUGAUUGUGCACAAAAGUAUUUUCCCUCCAGUCAGCUAGGCUAAAUUUAGACUCUUGGGAUAUGUUUUUUUUUUUCCUUUUAUUUUUUCUGUUUUUUUUGUUUUGUUUUUUUGUCACUUGAGACGGUCUUCUGUUUUUGAUAGCAAGUCUUGCACUAUUUCAUACAUUUCUGGGACACAGAUUUCUCAUGGUUAUAAUUUUAUAUAUACAUAUAUAUAUUUUGUGUUAUAAAAGUUUUACAUUUGCAAUCUGUUACCUGGAAGUAUUGUACUUGAAUUCCCUACUAUAACAGCUAAACUUUGGACUGGUUUUUAACGUCAUUACAAUCUCUAAAUGGGAAGUUUGCCAGCAGUUCUGUUCCUUUUUUUUAUUUUUGUUUUCCUGUUAAUGUUGAACUCCUAUUCCAACCUGAACUGUGUAACGGCAAACUGAAUUGGGACUAAAUCAAGUGUAACAUACCACACUAGAGGAGCAUCAGAGCCAUUAAGCUUUCAAGUCUGCUUCAUGUCUGAAUACCUUGAAUAAACAUACAUCUGAGAUGUUUACUUGGUGAUUGUUCACCUACUUUACUGUGUACAUUUAAGUGUUAUCGUCUAAACUUUCAGUAAAUGUACCUCAUCCAACAUGGCUGCAGUUUUCCUUUUCAUUAUUGUGUUGGGCAGAGAAUUUGUUGUAGUAUCUUCUCAUUGCACUUCUGUUUCAGCACAAUUGGCGUACUAUUACCUAGCUGUAGAAGACAGUGGUGAAUGAUUUGCCAUCUUAAUUGCUGUAAUGUGUUUAACAUUAUGCCAGUAGAAGCUAGUUUUUUUCUUUUUUUUUAAGCAUAUUUUUUCUUUUUGUUUCCAUAUUUUGAAUGUGUUGAAACCAAAACCUUCAACAAUAAACUACUGAUAUCUACA